UAACCUCAUUAUUUUCGAUCUUCAAAGUAAAAUCAAUACUCGUUUUUCUUUGCCCUUCGAUAACACAAUUCCUUACUAGAUCAAUUAAAAUGGCGGUUCUAUUCUGUUAACUGGUUCGGAAGAAUCGACGAAUUUUAUUAAGCUGUUGUUUGGUUGCCGAGAGAACUUAGGUUGUGGAAAAUCUGAACUCAUAAAUUGGAGAUGAAUCAGAAAGGACUGAUUUAUAGCUUUGUUGCGAAAGGAACGGUUGUUUUGGCAGAGCACACAUCAUAUUCGGGGAACUUUAGCACCAUUGCUGUACAAUGCCUGCAGAAGCUGCCUCCAAAUAGCAGCAAGUGCACAUACUCAUGUGAUGGGCACACGUUCAACUUCCUCAUUGACAGUGGAUUUGUGUUUCUCGUUGUUGCGGAUGAAUCCUCCGGGAGGGGUAUGCCAUUCGUGUUUCUUGAGCGAGUAAAAGACGAUUUUAAGCAACGCUAUGGAGCAAGCAUCCAGGAUGAGACACACCCCCUUGCUGAUGGUGAUGAAGAUGAUGAUUUGUUUGGGGACAGAUUUACCAUUGCUUACAAUCUAGACAGAGAAUUUGGGCCCCGGCUUAAGGAGCACAUGCAAUAUUGUAUGAACCAUCCAGAAGAAAUCAGUAAGCUCUCCAAAUUGAAGGCUCAAAUCACUGAGGUCAAGGGGAUCAUGAUGGACAAUAUUGAGAAGGUUUUGGAUCGUGGAGAGCGGAUAGAACUUUUGGUGGACAAAACAGAAAACCUACAGUUUCAGGCAGACAGCUUCCAGAGGCAGGGUAGGCAAUUGCGACGAAAGAUGUGGCUGCAGAAUCUCCAAAUGAAACUGAUGGUUCUAGGAGGAAUCAUUGGCCUGAUCGUGAUAGUGUGGCUUAUAGCUUGUCGAGGUUUCAAAUGUUGAGCUGUUUUCUUGCUGAAGUGAGAAAUUUAACAGCAUUUUCCCUUUGAACUCUUUUAAUUUUCUUCAGAUGUCCAGACACU